AUGGAUGGGGUUGAUCUGCCAUCGCGUCAUUCGCCGAAACCUGCUCAACUGGAGAACGAGGAACGCUUUCUUAUUCCCCUUCCUAUUCUUCCCUGCCACGAGGCGAAUUGCCGUGCUGUGCGCUUGCUGGUUCAACUCGGGAAUAACCGCGUGCUGUGUGCAUUGGCAGACCCAGCCAACCCACUUGGUCUCCUCGUGGCAGCUGCCAGCUGGGCCUCGAUCGUGGUGGCCACCGACAACGCCAUCAGCGCCUCGCGACUGGCCCAACCUCGUUUCAAGACGGGAAGAGGGGCCCCGGAAUCUAUCACCUGCUCCCCGUCAUUACGAGUCACGAAAGGGCUGCAGGACCCGGAAAAGAACUGGACCAAGACCCUCGCAGGCCGCAACUAA